AUGUCGACACCUGCGGCUGCACAACGCAAGCCAGCGCCGCGGCUCCCGCGCCCCGCGGCGCGUUACUGGAAGGGCAAAGCUCCCAAGGGUGCCGGCGAGGCUCUGUCCUCAGAUGACUCGGACUACGAUGCCGAGCAAGAGCAAGAGCCAGAAGAGGAGGGAGAUGUGCUCAUCCAAGACAUGCAGCAAGACGAUGAUGAGGAUGCACUGGACGUGCAGAAGCCCCAGAAAGCGGCAGCGGCGAAAGGCAGGGCUAUGAACGUCGCACUAAAGGACGUCAAUAUCUCAAAGGAGGGUCGUGUCAUUGUUGCGGGCAAGGAGGAGGUCGGACGGACAGGUGCUGAAUUGGAAGAGGAAGAGGAGGAAGAGGAAGAGGCGGAGGCGGAAGAAGAAGAGGAAGAAGAGUCUAGCGAGGAGGAGUCAGAGGAAGAGAAGCCCAAGUUACAGUUCCGGCCCGUGUUUAUACCAAAACGAGCACGCGCGACAAUAGCCGAGAAGGAAGCAAUGGCGGAGGACACGGAGGAGGCCGUCCGCAAGAAGGAGCUCGAGGCCGAAGAGCGCAAGAAGCAAAGCCACGAUAUGGUCGCAGAGAGCAUACGACGCGAGCUAGCUGAAAAGGAAAAGGAAAUCGAGACGCCCGAUGUGGACGACACGGACGGGCUCGACCCCACCACCGAGUUCGAGGCCUGGCGCCUACGCGAGCUCGCGCGCAUCAAGCGCGACAAAGAGGCGGCGCUCGCCCGCGAGCUCGAACGCGAGGAGGUCGAGCGGCGGCGGGCACUGCCGGAGGAGCAGCGUCUGCGCGAGGACCUGGAGCGUGCAGAGCAGAGCCGAAAGGAUAAGCCAAAGGGACAGCAGAAGUUCCUGCAGAAAUACUGGCACAAGGGUGCGUUCCACCAGGACGAGGAGAUCUUGCGGCGGCACGACUUCACGGAGGCGACCGAGUCGACCAUGGAUGUGUCGCUGCUCCCGCAGGUGAUGCAGGUGAAGAACUUUGGCAAGCGUGGGCGCACCAAGUAUACGCACUUGCUCGACCAGGACACGACGGUCGCCAGUGGCGGAUUUGGCGGCACUGCGCCUGUGAAGGCGGGCGGGACGUCCACUGCGGGCGGUGGCUGUUUUGUGUGCGGAGGUCCACAUAUGAAGAAAGACUGUCCGCAAGCCAAGGACCUUCCGCCGCCUGGCCGUAUAGGCACCGGAGCCAACAGCACUGCGACCGGCUCACGCCAAUGGGGCGCGCGGCCAGAUAAAGACAAGGAAGACGGCGGAUCAUGGCGGAAUCGUGACAGGGACAACGAUCGCAGACCGAAUGGCGACGACCGCGAUCGCCGGAGAGGAGACGAUCGUGAGGGGUACCGGGAUAGGGAUCGGUAUGACGAACGUGAUCGUAGGGGCGGCUACGACAAGAAUAGAGAACGCGACAAGGGAGACAGGUACGCAGACAGGAGGCGGCGGUCGCAUUCACGGUCGAGGUCACGUUCGCCACCGCGACGCGAGCGGUGGCGGGAUAACGGGUCGACAAAGGAAAGGCAGCGCUCGCGGGAGCGGUCGGUGGAUGACGAGCAUGGCGCGAAGCGGAGACGCGUUGAUUGA